CUCGACUUCGGAUCUUCUCAUGGGCUUCGUGGCGUAUUGCCGACCUCCGCUGAUCGUAGCUCUGGGCGACUCUAUCACCCAAUUCGGCGCCGACCCAGCGUUCCAAGGGUUCCAAGCGCUGCUGUCGCAAGACUAUGUGCGGAAGGCGGACGUCUUGAAUCGUGGCCUCUCGGGGUGGACGACAAGGUGGUGGAGGCAUUAUUUGCCUCAGCUCGUCCGUGAAUGCGGUGAUAACGCCCCCGUGUUGGUGCUCAUCGCGCUAGGUGCGAACGAUGCGUCUCUUGCGAGCGGUGAGUCGCACAUUCGGCAUGUUCCCUUGGACGAAUACCGAUCGAAUCUCCGCGACAUCGUCCAUGAACUUCGCACCGCUUUCCGCGAAUGCAAGUUUCUGUUUCUGACGCCUCCCGCCGUGGACAACACAAAGUGGAACCCCACUGACAAACUCAACGCAGUCACAGAAACGUACGCGAAAGCAUGCGUGGAGGUCGCGUCUUCCCUCGACAUUCCAGUCAUCGACACAUGGACAGCCACCCAAGGCCGAUGGGACUUGUUCCGCGAUGGGGUGCAUCCCAAUACCCAAGGCAACCUCCUCUUCCACGAACUCAUCAAGUCCUCCAUCGCCACAGCGUAUCCCCACCUAACGCCAUCAGCCCUUCCCCUCGACUACCCCGACAUUCCGAUCUAACACGUCUCAUUCUUCAUUACUGCUUGGCCGGAUGGUGGUAAAUGGUGUCCUGAGGCAUCGCAUAGCACUUGUACCCGAGAAGGCCGGCGACGUAGCACAGUCCUUCGGUCUCAAUGCCGUCGUACCCUUCGAAUGUCCAGUCGCUGCCGAUCACAUGAUGUGUCGUGAACACCACCCCUUGGCGGUGGAUGUCUGCUUUCACAUACAACAUUGUGCCUACAAAAGUAUCCAAAUAUAUGUAUAUAUAUGUCAAAGUUAGCAAUAGUAAUUAAAUAUAUAUAUAUAUAUGUUCUGAAGAAAUUU